AUGACUGAGGUCGCAAUCCACAGAUCACUUGCGUCCUUGUUUGUAUACGAUCGCAGUUCCAAGGACCUGCUCCCAGUCGAGAACGAGGACGGGUCGAAGAGAGAUGCUGGCGGCGCUCCUGAGUUGCGCCAGAGCCAAGAGGUGAAAUUGCUCGAGGAAUUGCUCGCUAUGAGUGGCAAAGGCGGAUCUGGCAAAUCCUCGGGUGGGGGAGGUGGUGGGGGCAGUGGUGGGGGCAGUGGUGGGGGUGGAUUCGGAGGAGGAGGCUCAUCUGCAUCAUACCCUUCGUACGGAGGAGGAAACGGAGGAGGAUAUGGAGGAAGCUAUACCGGAUACGGUGGAGGAUACGGUGGAGGAUACGGAGGAGGAUACGGUGGAGGAUACGGAGGAGGAUACGGUGGAGGAUACGGCUAUUGA